CGAGACCCUGUUCACCGAGUGCCUUAGAGUAACUGUACCAUUACCGGAAACAAUAAGACGCAUUGAAAUUCUUAUAUCUUAUGACCAAAGGGCAUCCGUAGAACGCGCACCGCAGCGGCUGCGCCCGACGUUUACUGAGGGAGCUGCGCUUGGAGACGUUUGGAAAGCGCUGCAGUGUCUCUGACACAAUCACUGCGACCUCCUUCGGUGUUCGUUUCCUCCGCUAAGGAAUGAGUUACUACUGCACUUUUUGCGGAUCCUACAGUAAUCGGAGCCUUCAAUGCCGUGGAAAGUCCUGCCGAGAAGUUUCAACGCAGACUGAUGAAAGUAGUUCAGAGUUCUCGUUAUCGAAGUCUCUCGAGUCCGGCGACCUUGCUGAUGUGGAGUUCUCUGUUGAGUGCUCGCAUUUCCCAGGCCAGCGUGCAACCUUCAAGGCGCAUAAGAUGAUCCUGGCUUUGCAGAGCGACGUGUUUAGGGCCAUGUUUUAUGGCGACUUCGCCAAGGAGGACCGCAUAGUCAUCACUGACCUGCACCCAGAGGGCGUCCGUGGCCUCUUGAGGUACUUCUAUAGUGGCCGCCUGGAUGUGGAAAACGUGCACCAGGCUGCUUGCACCCGCACCGCUGCUUCCAAGUACCUCGUCACGAAGCUGGAGCAGAGAUGCAUCACCUUCGUGCACUGCCACACGAGGUUGGACGACGUGUGUCCUCUCCUGGACUACGUUCUGACCAUGGGCGAAGAAGACCUACGCGCUCCCGCCGGUGACCUCAUCCGCAAGGACAGUGCCGGCGUGCUUUCCUCUUCAAAGUUCAGGUCCUCCACCGAGGACACCGUGAAGUACGUGCUCCAACAAGUCACCAAUGUAUCGGAGGCAUCGGUGCUAAAUGCCGUCUACGCCUGGGCAUAUCAGCAGUGCCCCAAGCAAUCCUCGGGUAUCGGAAAUGCUCUUCGGGCAGUCAUGCUGCCACUGUUGCCUGAACUGCGGUUCCUCGCGCUGACCGCGACGCAGUUCGUAGAAGGUCCGAACACGUGGGGAAUCUUUACCGACGCAGAAGCACGGGCCAUUCUUAGCAAUAUCAUCAAAGCAGGCUCGGUGCCUAUGCCAAAGGGAUUCUGCGAGAUCCGUGAGCCCCGUGUGCUGAAACGCCAUUGCAAAAACGAGCGUCUUCCAGUGCGUCCCAGUGUGGAAAGUGCUGUUCGUGUAGGAGGCAUCGUAUUGGGACAUAAUUUAAUAACAUCACGCCGGUUAUGCGGGGAAACCAGUCGUCCGUUUAUUUGAUUCACGGGUUCGAAAUUUAAAACCGGACAACCACAGUGAUCGGUUAUUCAGCUAAUAGUAUCCGGAUAUUUGGAUAUUCGUAUAGCCUUUGUUCUUCUGUACUUGUGCCGAAAUUACCACUCUUUCUCCCUUGUAUUCUUAUAUUUGUAGUUAUUUUUGCAACCGUUCGUGCAAACGCGGUAUAUGCUCUGGUUAACCUCCUUACCUAUCAUUUUUGUAAUCAUCGAUUAUUCGUAUCCGAAUAUUCGAAUAUCCGUCUAACCAGGUUAUUUAAACCGGAUAUCCUGAAUAUUCGUCUCUUGAAAUCCCGAUAAGAGGAUAAGCGGUUUUCGAGACCGGAUUACAUCCCUCCGGUUGAACCGGAUAGCCGGUUUGACGCACAACUGGGGACGCUGGUGUUCGCUGGGAGUCACUGGGACACAGGUGAGAUCGCUGGAUAAGAGCUGGGUCACACUGGCCCCGACGCUGGUUUCACUGCUAUGACGCUGGGGCGCACUGGUGUGCGCUUUAACACGCUGGUUGUCGCUGGAGUUCGCUGGCUCGUACUGGAAACUGCGCUGGUUUCGUUUGUACUGCACUGCUCCCAGUACGCCACAAAUUUAUCAGUAGAUACUAGUCUCCUGUCCUAAAUAACGCUAUAUUUAGGGGUCAUAAAUCUUUCGUGUAGCAGCUUGGAAUAAAGGUGCUUGAGGUGCUCUGUCCAGGCAUCGAUAUGCAACACUGAAGAUCACUUGAAUUCGUUUCUUGCAUUUCGAUUUAGACUGUGCCCAUAGCUGUAUAUAUUCUUGAACGAAAUUACGCAAACGCAGAUAACGCCUGGCUUUCUAGUAAGUUGUAUGCAGCCAAUAACUGCGGCUUGUCGCACCGUUGUGUUGUGCAGUCGACACGAAACCCAGCAGUCGUUAAGAGGCGUUCGAACGGACCCUGGGAAGCCUGCCGCUGAUUGAUAUUGUCGCACCAAUAACACAGCUGAGGGAAGUCGUGCGGUUCUACUUUUCCUAGUGUACUAAAAUAUUAUAGUUGAAAGCAGUGCUUA